GGUUUGUAUAUAAAUUCUCUUUAGUUCUUGGUAACUAUACUAGUUAGUUAGCCAGCUGUAUCUGAGGACUUAGAAGGACACUUACUUCAUCAGCACUAGUAUAACUGUUGGACCAGUGUUUGCUAGGUUCCUCAUAACAUGUUGUGGAGUGUUGCAGUUCUGUUUCUUUUGAUAGAGAGAGGUUGCUCAAUGCCUUUUCUGGGACCAGACUAACUGGGUCUGUGUUCUUACACUGCCUGUUACUACUGUGAUAUUCCUAGACUUUUUUCCUGCAGAGUCUGUUUCUAUUUACCACCUGCACAUAGGGGUACAACAGGCUUAAAGAGACAGUUCCACCCUGUUCUAGCUUGGUGAGUCAAUGAGUUUGAUCAGAGCUACUUAGCAUGAGUUCCAGGAGCAUGAGCGACUUACAGGCAGCUACACCACCAAGGAAGAAUGUUUCUGUUAGCUUGUUGGUUUGGGGUAUGAGUGUGUGCUGGAGUUUUAAACUGCCUGUAUAUUCUUGGGGAGGAAUGGGCCCAUGGCCUGUCCCUUAUGAGCCUUUCAAGCCUUACAGCUCUUCCUAAUGAGGGAUGCUGGUGGCCCAACCUUGUGAAGAACUCAUAUGAUAAUCACAGCUGCUUUGAUACCAAGACGCCCAAAGGAACAGAGUCCCACAGCAUGUAGAAGCUGGGCUUUGCAUCUCUGGAACUCAGCUUCGUCAUUCUUUCAAGAUUUAUCUCAAGGAAGACCUGAGUUACUGACAGUAACUCAGUAGUGGAUGUUGGGUCAGGAUGCACCCACUAGGCCUGUGUAAUAACAAUGAUGAAGAGGACUUGUAUGAAUAUGGCUGGGUAGGAGUGGUGAAGCUCGAACAGCCAGAAUUGGAUCCCAAACCAUGUCUCACUGUCCUGGGCAAGGCCAAGAGAGCAGUUCAGCGGGGAGCCACUGCAGUUAUCUUUGAUGUAUCUGAAAACCCAGAAGCCAUUGACCAGUUAAACCAAGGCUCAGAAGACCCUCUUAAGAGGCCAGUGGUAUAUGUGAAGGGUGCAGACGCCAUCAAGCUGAUGAACAUUGUCAACAAGCAGAAAGUAGCACGAGCAAGGAUCCAGCAUCUCCCUCCUCGACAACCCACUGAGUACUUUGACAUGGGGAUUUUCCUGGCUUUCUUCGUCGUCGUAUCCCUGGUCUGCCUCAUUCUCCUUGUCAAAAUCAAGCUGAAGCAGCGUCGUAGUCAGAAUUCCAUGAACAGGCUGGCUGUGCAGGCUCUGGAGAAGAUGGAAACCAGAAAGUUCAACUCCAAGAGCAAAGGGCGCCGGGAAGGAAGCUGCGGGGCCCUGGAUACACUUAGCAGUGGCUCCACAUCUGACUGUGCCAUCUGUCUGGAGAAGUACAUUGAUGGAGAGGAGCUUCGGGUCAUCCCCUGUACCCAUCGGUUCCACAGGAAAUGUGUAGAUCCAUGGCUGCUGCAGCACCACACCUGCCCCCACUGUCGGCACAAUAUCAUAGAACAAAAGGGAAACCCGGGUGCUGUUUGUGUGGAGACCAGCAAUCUUACACGUGGUCGGCAGCCAAGAGUGACCCUGCCAGUACAUUACCCAGGCCGUGUGCAUAGGACCAAUGCCAUCCCAGCCUACCCUACCAGGACAAGUAUGGACUCCCAUGGCAAUCCUGUCACACUGCUGACCAUGGACCGGCACGGGGAGCAGAACCUCUAUUCUCCACAGACCCCCACCUACAUCCGUGGCUACCCACCCCUGCACCUGGACCAUACUCUGGCCCCUCAUCGCUGCAGCCUGGAACACCGGGCCUACUCACCAGCCCAUCCCUUCCGCAGGCCCAAGUUCAGUGGCCGAAGCUUCUCCAAGGCAGCUUGCUUCUCCCAGUAUGAGACCAUGUACCAACACUACUACUUCCAGGGUCUCAGCUACCCAGAGCAGGAGGGCCAGCCAAUACCCAGCCUCACACCCAGGGGCCCAUCCCGUGCCUUCCCACCAAGUGGUGGCAGUAGCCUGCUCUUCCCUACUGUGGUGCACAUGGCCCCUCCCACCCACGUAGAGAGCGGCAGCACCUCCAGCUUCAGCUGCUACCAUGGGCACCGCUCUGUGUGCAGUGGCUAUCUGGCAGACUGUCCAGGCAGUGAUAGUAGCAGCAACAGCUCUGGCCAGUGCCGCUGCUCUUCCAGUGACUCCGUGGUGGACUGCACAGAAGUCAGCAACCAAGGUGUGUAUGGAAGCUGUUCCACCUUCCGCAGCUCCCUCAGCAGCGACUACGACCCCUUCAUCUACCGCAGCCGGGGACCCGCUGUACACCUUGAAGGCUCCCCACCACCAGAGGAGCUCCCAGCAGCACACAGUCAAGGUGCUGGGCGGGGUGAGCCAUGGCUAGGCCCUGCCUCUCCCUCAGGGGACCAGCUGUCCACCUGCAGCCUGGAGAUGAACUACAGCAGCAACUCCUCGCUGGAACCCAGAGGGCCCAACAGCUCUACCUCAGAAGUGGGGCUCGAGGUUUCUCCUGGGGCCGCCCUGGACCUCAGGAGGACCUGGAAAGGGGGCCCAGAGGGACCAUCAUGUGGUUGCUGCUUCGAUCCCCAGCCCUCUUCCCUGGGCCAUGGGACUGGAGCAGCUGCUGGUGGCAGCACCUUAUUCCUGGGUCCCCGGCUCCGUGAGGACUGCAACCCUACAAGUGGGGAGCCACAACCAGGGAGCUCCCAGGGCCUGUAUGGCCUUCACUCAGACCAUUUUCCCAGGACAGAUGGGGUGAAAUAUGAGGGCCUGCCCUGCUGCUUCUAUGAAGAGAAGCAGGUGGCCCACAGUGCUGGCAGGGGCAAUGGCUGCUACACUGAAGACUAUUCGGUGAGUGUGCAGUACACACUCACUGAGGAACCCCCACCCAGCUGCUAUGCAGGGGCCCGGGACCUGAGCCAGCGCAUCCCCAUUAUUCCAGAGGAUGUAGAUUGUGACUUGGGCUUGCCUCAAGACUGCCAAGGGAUGCACAGCCACAGUUCCUGGGGUGGGAUGCUGGGCUUGGACGUCUCCCGACUCCACUGGAGUCUGGGGACAACCCGGGAAGAGGAACAGGCUCCAUGCUGCCAAGCGGAGGUGCCACUGCAGCCUGGCUGCUCUCCAGAGGAGGCAGAUGCUUCCAGGGCUAGCCUCUCCAUUGCCCCCCAGGACACUCAGGAGUCCCAUGCCCUGGCUGCUGAGGCUUCAGAGUGUUUCACAGCCAAUGGUGCAGAUUAUAGGGGAACACAGAGCUGGACAGCACUGCAAGGUGGGAAGCCAUGUCUGUUCUGGAACGAGACAUUCCAGCAUCCAUACAACACGCUGAAAUACCCCAACGGGGAAGCUGGUCUGGGUGAACAUAACUAUUGCAGAAAUCCAGAUGGAGACGUGAGCCCCUGGUGCUAUGUGGCGGAGCAUGAGGACGGUGUCUACUGGAAGUACUGUGAUAUUCCUGCCUGCCAGAUGCCUGGAAACCUUGGCUGCUACAAGGAUCAUGGAAACCCACCUCCUCUCACGGGCACCAGUAAAACGUCCAACAAGCUUACCAUACAAACCUGUAUCAGCUUUUGUCGGAGUCAGAGGUUCAAGUUUGCUGGGAUGGAGUCAGGCUACGCAUGCUUCUGUGGGAACAACCCUGACUACUGGAAGCACGGAGAGGCAGCCAGCACCGAGUGCAACAGUGUCUGCUUUGGGGACCACACACAGCCCUGUGGUGGGGACGGCAGGAUUAUCCUCUUUGACACUCUCGUGGGCGCCUGCGGUGGAAACUACUCAGCCAUGGCAGCUGUGGUCUACUCCCCUGACUUCCCUGAUACCUACGCCACUGGGCGAGUCUGCUACUGGACUAUCCGGGUUCCAGGAGCCUCUCACAUCCAUUUCAACUUCACCUUAUUUGAUAUCAGGGAUUCUGCAGACAUGGUGGAGCUGCUGGAUGGCUACACCCACCGUGUCCUAGUCCGUUUCAAUGGAAGGAACCGCCCACCUUUGUCCUUUAAUGUCUCCCUGGAUUUUGUCAUUUUGUAUUUCUUCUCUGAUCGCAUCAAUCAGGCCCAGGGAUUUGCUGUCUUAUACCAAGCCACCAAGGAAGAACCACCACAGGAGAGGCCUGCUGUCAACCAGACACUGGCGGAAGUGAUCACCGAACAAGCCAACCUCAGCAUCAGCGCUGCCCACUCUUCCAAAGUCCUCUAUGUCAUCACCACCAGCCCCAACCACCCACCACAGACCGUCCCAGGUAGCCAUUCCUGGGCACCAUCAGUUGGGGCCAGCGGCCACAGAGUGGAAGGAUGGACCGUAUAUGGCCUAGCAACCCUCCUCAUCCUCACAGUCACAGCCAUCGUUGCAAAGAUCCUUCUGCAUGUCACAUUUAAGUCUCAUCGUGUUCCUGCUUCUGGAGACCUUAGGGACUGUCGUCAACCAGGGGCUUCUGGGGAGAUCUGGACCAUUUUCUAUGAACCUUCCACUACAAUCUCCAUCUUUAAGAAGAAGCUCAAGGGCCAGAGCCAACAAGAUGACCGGAAUCCCCUCGUGAGUGACUAAAACCUCACCGAACCCAGACAGGAGGCUCCUCUCUGAGCUCAAGGCUGCUGGGGUCCCUUCCCCCAUAGCCUCUCCAUUCACCUAAAGUCUCAUGGGGCCACCCUUCUGCAGACUUGGAAGGGGCACCCUGUUGCCAGGGCAUAGUAGCCUGGAGUCCUCCUCCAUCACUUGCACUUAAGCUAUGCCCAGCCUGCAACUCUGUCCCCACUGGGAUUGCUAAAACUGGGCUGAGCUGAUAGGACACAGCUGGGCCUGAUUCUAGACGACCAUUGGGUGGUGGGUAGUUUAGUGUGUGAUGAGUUUUUCUUGCUUCUUCUCUAUUUUAUCCACGUAUGGAUCGGUUUCCCCUGGUCUUUACACGUUGGAACUGAGCCAGACUGAAGAAAUUCUCGGGUUUUCUUGAAGGCUGGCCUAGUUCCCUGCCAAGUGUGGUCUCCUGGAGUUAGCACCUAAAAGUGGACAGAGACCCAGUGCUCUGUACUGGCCCUGUAACUUUCUCUCUGAUUCCGACUAAGAUGUGCCUCAUCUAGUCGGAGGGGACUGAGAACAGGGUCACAGUAGAUGUCUUCUUUCUAGAGGAUUCACUGACCUGCAGGACAAGCCUGAGGAUUGAGCAUAAAAAGUCCAUCUGUUUGUCCAUGGAGCAGACACUGUAAACUUCCUGUAUACUAGACUUACCUAGCCUGCCCCAAACAGUUCACAGUCCUGUGGAAUCUGAGCUCAGCCAACUCCUAGUUCAGAACCAGGAGUUUAAAGGAUAUAGCAUAGUGUUGGGGCUGUAGCUCAGUGCUAGAGAGCCACCUUGCACACAUGAGGCCCUAGGGUCAAUGCCAGUACUGCCAAAAGAGGGAGAAAGACUGUAGGCAGCAUCCCAUUAUAAGACAGCAGACAUGUGGUGCCUGCAGGGGGUGUCUAUCAUUUUAAAAGAAGAUCAAAACUGCCAAAAGCUAUGUCCUUUGUCCCUUAUAAUGGGGACACAGUAGUUAAGAAUAAGGGCUCUUGUCCUGCCCCAUCACUUUGUCCUGUAGACAGGCACGCAGACUACAGAAGUUGGCAAAAGGAAAAGGCAGGGCUUGGGAACUGGAGAUCUUCCCAGGAGAGGCUGGAAGAUUGAGGGUCCCAGCUGCAGUGGCUGCCAGGCAUGAAAGGAAGGGCCAUCCCUGAUGGAGAAGUCCGGCAGUCUGGAAGUGGCCUUUGUCAGUAGCAGCCAAGAGGAACAGCCUAUGCCCUGAAGGUGGACCUUGGUCAGCGUGUGGCUCUCCUGCCAGCACUUGUGCUUGUGGGCCUCUGAUCUUCUGGGUACCCUCAUAGAGCACUAUGCUUACCUCCCCUGCAUCUCUAAGCCACUGUCACUGAAGCCUUUUGUAGGGUUCGGGUAACCCAUCAGUAGCUGGCUGCUCCCAGGACAGAAGACUGACUAUAUGGGACCAUUGGGGAGCAUCCUCAGGGAGAAGCAGUGACCAGAGCUGAUAGGAGGAGGAAAACCGUGUCUCUAUAGUGGGCCAGGGGUGCUGGCCAGCUCCUGUUGGAGGCAGGUGGGGGUGCAGAGCUGCUGCGGGUCAUCUUCACUUUGAUCUGGGAAAGCUGCAGGUCUUGGGUCUGAAGACAGACUCACCACACACAGACCACUGGAAACAGACCAACAGGAGCAGGUUCCACUCCAGGCUGUUCCUAAUGCUUGUGGGAUCCCCUCUGAAAGCAAGUGAGUCACAGAGCACCAUGUACAUGGCACAAAGAGGAUGUAGGCUCUCCUAGGGAAGGUUCAGCUGGCCAGGACAUUUGUUUAGCUCUGAUCACUGGCCCCAGGCUUCCUUCAGGCCACUACUCAUGGGCCUCUUCACAUCUCAAACACAGGAAGCCAUACCCCAGUGGUGGCAGCUACAACUCAGCUGCCCUUUAUUGGCUUCCCCAGGAAGGACAAGGGACGUGCCCACACUCCUUUUGCUGCUGGCCUGGGCACAGCCCAGCAUUCCAGCACCCACUUCCUCUCUGGGGAGCAGUCCCAGGAAACACCAACCCACCUUACAACAGCGUGAGGCAGUGUAAAGGGCUUAAAUCACCCAGGCCAAACCUCCAAAAAUGACAGCCACAGUCCAUUAGAGCCUGCCAGUGGCAUGUGUACCAGUUGGCUGGUACACACUGAGGUGGGUGGUCCUGAGAGCUGAGUGUUCUGGGGGAGGGGGCUUUUGAGUUGAGGAGGGUGGAGGUUGCCUGAGGAGAACAGCAACACAAAAGACUAUGCAUGACCUUGGAGACAUUAGGUGUAGGCACAGGCGCCUGUGUUCUUCCCCACUGGUCUCACUGCUUAGAAAGUAGAGACAGUAGAAAGAAGCCUGUGUCUCCCCCACAUCAGCAAGGAUGGGGCUGAGGCCGCCUGGAGAGAGCAAGACUUCUCAAAAUGUGGGCUCCGGCUUCAGGCCUCAGCCAAAAGCUCCCAAAGAUCAAAGCUUUGGCAGGUACAGCUGUUGUGGCUCCUGAGCCAGACCAUGGGAUGUGCCUGGGCCAGAUGCCACCCCAUGUCCCAGUGUCAGCCCAGGCAGGACCCCACCUGACCCUCCUCAUCAGCCGCUGGUCUGACACCAGCAGAGCUUGCAGAGCUGUUGCCAACCCCCAGGGACAGUCCAUCCUUAACCUUCAAAAGCACUUAGAGCGGAUGGCCUCCCAGACUCUGUCCACCUAUCUGCAGGACCCAGACUAGGUCUCCCAGACCAGCUCCUCGCUCCACAGUUCUCCAUGGUUACCUCCGGGGCUCCUCUGGGGUUUGGAAUCUCCUGCUUGGUGUUUGACAUCUGCUUCGGGUACUGCCUGGGGAACUGUUAACCCUUCCCGUGCCUUUGUUUACUGUCCUCACCCUACCUCCAGGCCACUUUCAGCCUAGCUGCUCUGGUAUGAGUGUGGGGAGACUUGUCAGACCUGCCAGCCACACCCCACCCUGUCUGCCAACAGAACCUGGGGGCUUCACACAGGCUCUUGUCUUGCCAUGUUGGAGCUGAGCACACUGGCUGAGGCUGGGGGAGGGUGAGGGGGGCAGGAGACAGUGGGAGGUGUCAGAGGGACAUAUGCAAGGAAUCCUUUCCUGCCUGCACAGGGAGCUGCCAUCCCUGCCGCCCUCGUGGCACCAAGACCUUCCAUUUCCAAACUCACCCUCCAGCAGGGAUCUGACUUUGGACAACAACGCUUUAUUUGUAAAUAUGCUCUUAAUAUGCAACUUUGAGAAUAAAAUAGAAACAUCGUGUAUUUUAAAAUAUAAAAUGAAGUGUGACACACUGUAUACAAUUUAA